UAACUCGGCUGCCUGAAGCUGCGGCUCGGUGGUCUGUGAAUGCAUGGUUUCCAUCCAUAAAUCCCGACUUGAAGCGGGUAACUGUCUAUAGAAGGAGUCUUUCAACCUGUUUUGCUAUUACAUUUUUUUUUUUGUACUUUUGAAAUUAUGGGCGUGGUCGUGGAAACAAUAUCCCCCGGCGAUGGACGAACAUUUCCAAAGAAAGGCCAAACAUGCGUGGUUCAUUACAUAGGCAUGUUACAGAACGGAAAAAAGUUCGACUCCUCCCGGGACAGGAACAAGCCUUUUAAGUUCAAGAUUGGACGGAUGGAGGUCAUAAAAGGCUGGGAGGAAGGAGUUGCACAAAUGAGCCUCGGUCAAAGAGCCAAAAUCACCUGCACACCUGAUAUGGCGUACGGCGCCACCGGCCAUCCCGGGGUCAUCCCACCAAACGCCACCCUCGUUUUUGACGUGGAGCUGCUCAAGCUGGAGUGAAGCCUGCAACAGAAAAACGCUAAAGGUUGUUUCAGUGAGGGGGCCACACCUGGUUGCCACCUCCUUUAUUUUGAUCUCUACGGUCCUCUAACUCAGCAUUUACAUGUGUCCUGUGCUGCUUUGUUGCCAUCCUGUCCUUAUAGAUUUUGCUACAAAGAAACCCCAAGACUUUUACACCAUUUUUGAUUUCUUCAUCUUAAUCGAAACAAACUGCCUUACCAAAUGAUGAAUGGAAGAGGACAUGUAUUCAAGAUACAACAUCUCUGCUCUGUAUAUUACCUGGGCAUUAUACACACAACUGUUUGCAUUGUCACUUUGAUAAAGUGUUGUCCUGCUGAAUGCUCUGAAUGACCUUUAGUUUAUUUUAUAAAUUUUAUGCACAUUUGCGGCAAGUGUACCCGAUCAACUUCAACCCAAUACUGUACAGCACUCAAGCCAAUAUGACCUAAAUAAAAGUGGGGUGUACUGUGUUGAGAA